UCUCUCUCUCUCUCUCUCUCUCUCUCAGAGAGAGACCUCGCCAUGCAGCGGCAGUCGCUUGGAUCGCCUGCUUCGAAGCUUCAAAUCAAUGGCGGAAAAGAAGAAAAACUCGAAAAGGAAGAGAAUCGAAAGGAUGUAGAAGAAGAUGAUGAAAAGAAGGUCGACAAGCACCUUAGAUCGAGUUCUCGAACGCAGAAAUCGGUUCAUCUGAUUCCGGUUCUCACAAUCUUCUGCUUCCUCGUUCUCUACCUCGUCUCUCACGAUCCGUCUCAAAACGAUUUAGCGAAUGCGGGAGGCUUCGAGAGGCAUUUUCGUCCGAAAGAUUUGAAGGAGGUUAGUGACGUUCAUCGAUUUUUUGAUCUGGAGAAGAACCAGUUGUUGGCGAUUCGCAGCCAUCGGAGCCUGCAGGAGGUUGGAAAGGGAGCUCGGAAAUCUCGACCGUUGAAUCGCCAUAGGAAAUUUGGGAGUUUCUAGACCGGAUCUUCGGUUCCUUCCAUCCACGCGUGUGAACCCACUUCCAGCACGUAUAAUGACCGCCACUCGUGCGGCGACGCACGUGAUUCGGCCAGCCACCUGAUUUCCUUUCCUGUAUCGGACGAUUGGCAAGCUUGCUUGGGGUUGCACUUUUGGGAAUUGAUAAUUCCACCCCUUAAAAUUGCCUAUUCCACCCCAUAGCGGUAGUUUGGUCAUUACAUAAGUACGUGAAUUGUUAAAAGCACUUGAUAGAAAGAUUUAUUACAGUGAAAUUUCUUCGUAAAGGGUGGGAAUAUCAAUUUUAGGGGGUGGAAUUGAAAAUCUGUUUUAUUCUUUUUAA